UCGAUGGGGGUGGGGUGGCGGCGGCGUGGCAGCGUCAGGGCGCCGCUUCCCCCUCCUCGCUCCCUCUUUCCGCCGCGGUGGCGCGCGCCCGGAGCCCAGCGAGCCGGGAGCCGACGCGAUGCGCGCACCUGGUAAGCUCUCUGGACCCCAGCUGGCCUCAUGGUGAGUUCAAGGCCCUAAUCCAGUAGUCCAACCGAGUUCACGCCACCCUGAGCCUGGAAAGAUGGUGUCACAGUCUAUGGGCCGGCAGGAUUCUCCUGUGCACCCUUGGGAAGGGGUGAGCAGUGACCCUGGUGACGUUGAGGAUUCGCCCAAUCUCCUGGACACUGACCAGCCUCCUUGCAAAUCAGACGUCAGGUUCAUGAGGCACAGAGCUGCCUGGAUUAACCCCCAGUGUGCGCAGCAGCAGCUACAGGAUUUGCCCCCUCAGGUGCCGACAGCGGGGAACGGUGGGAACCACUUUGGAAGGGAUACCGCCUGUUCCCUGGGCCCUUCACCGUCGUCCCUUGGGGACUCCAUGGUGGAGACAUCACUGUCCAAGGAUACUGCAGACUCUGCCUGGGGCUCCGGUGACAAGAGCAGCGACUUCUCUUUUACCUCCAAGGGAGAACAGGCAGUGCUCCCAGGAAAGUCUCCUCAGACGUCUGUGUUCACAAGCUCCAAGGCUGCCUCCUCAUGUCCAGAAGCUGACAGCGCUUUUUUGAAGCCUUCCCAUCUGACAGCUUCCGCUGAUGAAGGUGCUGUUCCAGUCGGUAGAAGAACCACUUCUUUGAAUUCCUUCUCCCCAGAAGCAUUCUUGCUCCCUGUCGAUGUAGAAAAGGAAAAUGCCCACUUUUACGUAGCGGAUAUGAUGAUAGCAGCCAUGGAGGAAAUAAAGUGUACCAUCCUCGGUCAACAGCACACACAGAACUGGAGCGUAGAAGAAGCCAGUGCGUCGCUCGGGAAUGAUCAGGCGGACCCCGAAAUGGCCUUUUAUACGAGCAUAAAGCAGGAAUCUGGGUCUUCCGAUUCUUCUGACAGUGGCUACGAAGGCUGUGCUGUGUUACAGGGCAGCCCCGUGGCUGGGACCCCCACUUACUGUGAUGUGCUCAAAGAAGCCUGUAAAUGUGACUUCGAUGACUUUGUCGUCGUAGAAGUUGGUGAGUUUAACAAUAUCACAGAAACCUGUGGAUGCCCCUGCAACUCCUCUAAGAGUGUCACUUAUGAGCCAAACUUCAAUUCUGCUGAGCGAAUAGCCAAAGAGUUGUACCGAGUAUUCCGGAAGUGCUGGGUGUUGUCAGAAGUUAAUCAUCAGCUGGCAGGUUCUCCGAAUGCAGCUGGCUCGAUCGUUGUGAAUGAAGAGCGUGUCCGAAAAGACUUUGAAUCCAGCGUGGAUGUAGUUCAGGAAAUUAAAUUUAAGUCGAGGAUCAGAGGGGCUGAAGACUGGACGCCCCCUAGAUUUCAAAUCAUAUUCAGUGUUCACCCACCACUCAAGAGGGAUCUCGUGGUAGCAGCCCAGAAUUUUUUAUGUGCUGGCUGUGGAACUCCAAUAGAACCUAAGUUUGUGAAGCGGCUGCGGUACUGCGAAUACCUGGGGAAGUACUUCUGUGACUGCUGUCACUCCUACGCGGAGACCUGCAUCCCUGCCCGCAUCCUCACCUUGUGGGACUUCAGGAAGUACUACGUCAGCAAUUUCUCCAAACGGCUGCUGGACGGCCUGUGGCACCAGCCGGUUUUCAAUUUGCUGAGCGUUGGCCACAGCCUGUAUGCCAAGGCCAAGGAGCUAGACAGAGUGAGGGAAACCCGGGAGCAACUUUUUCAUAUCAAGAAGCUGUUGAGGACCUGCCGGUUUGCUGAAAGCACGUUAAAGGAGUUUGAGCAGGUGCCGAGGCACUUGACUAAUGAGCUCCACCUGUUCUCCCUGGACGAUCUGGUCAGGGUCAAGAAAAAGCUGCUGGUGCCCUUGCUCAAGGACAUUCUAAAAGCUUCCCUCGCACAUGUGGCCGGCUGUGAGCUGUGUCAAGGAAAGGGCUUCAUUUGUGAAUUUUGUCAGAGUGCCGCGGUCAUCUUCCCAUUUCAGACCGAAACGUGUAGAAGAUGUUCAGUUUAUAUUCCCUCUUGGGAGUCAAGGAUCGGCAUGGUAUGUCACUAUCACCUGUCUGUGAGAUUCAUGUCAGUAUCUUCAUUUCACAAGUAAGAAAACAGGCUGAGAGAAGAGGAACAACCCACAGGUAGUGCACGGGACAGCUGGAGUUGGCUCUCGAGUCUGCCUGCCUCCAAAGCCCGUGAUCCUAGCCCCUACCUAUGUGGUAUCUUUUGGAGACAAUACAAGCGAAAGAAACCAAUUUCUAACUGGUAAGUGCGGUCCAAGCCUCAGUUCGUGGCACGGGGCUGAGUGCCUUCUCAGUCUCUUGCGUUGAUUUGAGGAAGUUUCUGUGGCUUAUGCAUUGCUUGAAGGGCUCUGUGUUUGGGCUGCUGUGUUUGUAAGGCACUGGUAUGUGUAUGUGUGGGAGACACAUCUUUGAUGUUGAGGAAGAGGGCACGGCAGCUGCCAGGAAGUGAUGCUUUUGACUUUUUAUUUUGAGGCAUAUCGAGGCAAUAUAAAUAACCAUUCUAUGGGCUUGGCUGAGACGUGGUUCCUCCCCACGUGGUAUUAGACGGGUUUUCCCCGCAAGGUGCCUGUUAGAACAAAGAAGCCACCUCCGCGCACGGGCAGCAGUCUGCAGGGAAGUGAUUCACUGUGAAAUAUGUUGCUUUUUAAUGGGAUUUACUCAUUGUCCUAGUUUUUCCACGUAACUCUUCCCUGGCCGCCAGAAGGAAGAUGAGGACUUGGUCUUUCUCAUCAGGCUGUCAUCCGCCGUGACGCCUCGAGUGGCAGUGCUGGGAUCCCAGUGAUUACUUUGGCCUUUAUGCCGUUGCUCGAAGAAUUCCAGUAACGUGUCACUUACAGUCGUGGCUCUCAGCUGCAGGCAGGGAGUUAUACCAGGGGACGUGGAGCGAGGAGGGAUGAAUCAUCUCAAAGAUGUCCUAGUGGGUUGGCUUGGGUGAGAAUUAUUGGAUCGAUUCCCAGGUCUGCCGCUUUGUAUUCGUGUGGCUUUGGGAGAGAUACUUCGACGGUCUGUGCCUCUGUUUGAAAAUGGGGGAUGAUAAAUCUAUACAGUUGAUAGGAGGAUUAGAAAUGAAAAUGAAGCACCCAGCAGAGGGCCUGGUACAAGCAAUUAUUAAGUGGUAAUAAUUAGAUCUAGACAGAUUAAAUACUGAGUUAUACCACCUAUUUUCUGUGUACCUUUGUGGAAGUUACUCUGUAUCUCACUUUAGUCUGAGGAUUAGAGCAAUACCCACCCCCCACCCCCCCACCCCUGCAAAAAGCCACGUUGAAGUUCUCAGUCCAGGUACCUAUGAUGUGACCUUCUUUGGAAAUGGGUGUUUGACGAUGUAGUUAAGAUGAGGUCCUCCUGGGUUAGGGGACCCUAAUCUAAUGAUGGGUGUUCUUACGAGAAAAGGGAAGUUUGGACAGAGAUAGACACACAGAAAUCACAGGGAGAACGUCACGUGAAGGAGACAUGGGGCCACGUGUCUGUAAGUCAAGGAACCCUGAGCACUGCCGGCAGCCGGCAGACCCCUAGCAGGGAGGUGUGAAGCCGGUCCUCCCUCGCGGCCUCACGAAGGAACCAGCCCUACCCACACCUUGACUCUGAACAUCUAGCAUCCAGAACCGUGAGAAAAUGAACGCCCGUUGUUUUAACCCACUUGGUUUGUGGUCAUUUGUCGGCGCAGCCCUAGGAAACCGACGCACCAACGUUCGGCAUUGUUAGGAGGGCUAGAUGGUGAUUAAGUGGCACGCUUCCUGGUGCCAGAGAGGCGUCAUCCAGUCUGGACCUCUGACCUUCAGGCAUCAAGACACUGAGAAUGGACUCUGAAAGAUAACGAUGGCAUGGAAACCGUACCAUCCGUAGGUCGGUGGGCGUCUAGACAGACAGAGAUCCCCAAACAGAGCGAUGACGACC